UGAGCACAGAUUACCAAAUUGACGAGGUCUCCAGCCUAAUUUUUAUGGGAGCAGAUGCUGAUGGAAACGGAUAUAUUGACAAGUCUGAGUUCCACUCUCAUGUGCAAAAGAUUGCCUUGCAGCUUGGCAAGGAUCCACCCACAGAAAAAGAAAUCUCUGAUAUGAUGGUAGACUUGGAUCAAAAUGAAGAUGGUCAGCUCAGCAUGGAUGAAUUUAAAGAAUACGUCAAGGUUACCUUUAAAGAGUUAGGCUUGUAAGCAAAUAAUUGAGAAGAAACACCAUCUGCUAUGCAUUAUAAG